AUGCCGGGCACGACCCAGUACGAGGUCCUCCUCGACUUCACCAACGACACCCACGACGCCGCCACCGUCCAGCUUCAGCGUGAUUACGGCCGCAACAACGGCGCGAUCUUGCUCCUCAAGCCCGGCGAGAGCGUCACGCUCGUUCUCGAUGCAGGCUCGGUGUACAAGUACGCGCUCAAGACUCGGUCGAGAGUCGCGAACGUGACUGCACGAGCAUGGCGCGACGUCAGCUGCACCGUCUCCCAGCUGUUCCCCGCCGUCGCGACGCACCCGCCCGUGGUCCCGACCGCGUUGAACCCGCUGCGACCGGUGCAGGGCAUCACCGUCGACCACCUCUGGCGCGACAUGCGCUUCUGCAUGUGGAACGACGCGUAG